ACGUACAGCUAGUUUUCAUCCAGCAAAACUAUCUACUUUCGUCUGUUAACAAAGAUGUUAAAUGGUUCAGUGAAAUCCAUAUUUUACGUGAAUUAUUAAAUUCAUUAAAACGAGGAUUUAACAUUUACCAAGCUGUAAUUUAUCGUUCAUAAGUAGGGAAGACUGUGUUACAUUUUGUCGUAUAUAUUACCAAGCAUAUGCUAUGUGUAACAUAAUCUGUAACUACAUUCAUACAUAAAUCCUGUCACUAGUGAUACAGAUGAUAGGUGAACAGUUAAAAUUGAGGCAACAAGUGGUAGCUACUGCGACAGUCUAUUUUAAAAGAUUUUAUGCUCGCAAUAGCUUAAAAUGCAUAGACCCUCUAUUAUUAGCUCCUACUACAGUCUUUCUGGCAUCAAAAGUAGAAGAGUUUGGAGUAAUUUCUAAUAGUAGACUGAUAUCGACAAUGGGAAAUGUAAUUAAGAACAAAUUUAGUUAUGCGUAUUCGCAGGAAUUUCCAUAUCGUACAAAUCAUAUCUUGGAGUGUGAGUUUUAUCUUUUGGAACAUUUGGACUGUUGUUUGAUAGUAUAUCAACCAUACCGUCCUUUGUUAACAUUAAUUCAGGAUGUGGGACCAGAUGAUCAGUUACUUAUGCUUGCGUGGCGUAUUAUUAAUGACAGUCUAAGAACGGACGUAUGUUUGUUAUAUCCGCCUUAUCAAAUAGCUAUUGGCUGUUUGCAAAUAGCUUGCGUGAUAUUGCAGAAAGAUCUCAAAUCGUGGUUUGCGGAAUUAAACGCAGAUAUGGAAAAGAUUCAAGAGAUAGCACGGUACAUAAUAAAUUUAUAUGAAUUGUGGAAAAAAUAUGACGAAAAGAACGAGAUGCCGGCAAUAUUAGCUAAAAUGCCAAAACCAAAAGCAGCGCCACAGCGUUGACAGCAAGUUCUUGAUUCGCCGAAUGUCUGGGAUUCGUGCUAAUGCAGUGAACUGCUUCGAUUAAAAAUCUAUCCUUUUUCCCAACAUAUAUCACUAUCAGACAUACAUAGAAUUGACAACGAAUAUUGUUCUGCAUUUAUAUCUGCGUAAAAGUAUGUCUUAAUCCAUACAUAAAGCUAUGUUUCAAAAUAUGUCCAAAUAAUAAUAUUGCAGAAUUAUUUGAUAUUUCUGUGUACUUGAUGCUCGAUAUAACGUAUGGACGAGAAUUAUACAUGCCACAGUUAAAUGAUUAUUACAAUUUAAUCCAAUUUUGCUCACUACCUAAUAAGUGUAUAGUAAAACUACUAAUUUAUAUGUUUAUUCGCAUGCCUUUCAUCAUUUGUAUACAGUAUUACCUAUUGAUUUAA